CCUGAUCUGUCACUGUUUGGUUAUAGUUUGUAACGAUAAAUAAAUAACGCUUAUACCGAUCUAAAUACUUUUCAAAAUUGUGGACAAAUUAAUUUCGAUCAACAAAAUCGAUUUUACUUUCAUCGUGCAUACGGAUUAUGAAAAUGGCAGGGUUAGAGUCAUUAGUUGUUGAAGAAGUUAAACCUGCUGAGAAGCCAGUUGAUAGAGAAAAGACAUGCCCAUUGUUACUGCGAGUGUUUUGUUCUACUGGAAGACAUAAUUCAUCGGGUGAUUAUGCUAGAGGAAAUGUUCCUCAAAAUGAGCUACAAAUAUACACAUGGAUGGAUGCAUCAUUGCGUGAGCUAACAGGUCUUGUUAAAGAAGUUAAUCCCGAAACUCGGCGUAAAGGCACAUAUUUUGAUUUUGCGAUAGUAUAUCCAGAUAUGAGAUCACCAACGUAUCGUAUGCGUGAAAUUGGUGUUACGUGUUCUGGUCAACGAGGUGAUGAUGACAACAAAACACUAGCACACGUCAAAUUCCAAAUUGGUAAUUAUCUCGACAUUUCAAUUACUCCACCUAACAGAAUGCCACCUCCGAUGCGAAGAGCUCAGCCAUACAUGAAUAAUCGCCCUUAUUGAAUAAUUAAGUAAGAUAUUUGUACCUAUAUUGUUAGUAAAAUUUUCAGAAGUGAAGACCAAUAAAUAAAAUUUUACAACA